GAUGAUUGUCUCUUGUCUUUAUAAUUCGCAUUGAGUACUUAUACAGAGAUUUCACGUACUUCCAUUUCAUCGGAGCAUUGUGCAGGCUCAGUCUUGAGUUGUACCCGCACGAGGCACUUCACAAUCACUGUCUGUACAUUCAAGAGGACAGAAGUUGGAAAUACGUCUUCUUCGGUUUGAGUAUAUUCGGUCCCCAUCCAUUGGUACUUGAAAGCUGCGAGCUGCUCUACGCACAUAAUUCAGGUGAGGUACGUACCAUGGCUGUAUGAGUCGCGGAUUCCCUUCGACUGGCUUCUCAAUCUCUCUAUCAUCUGCAAUUUCAACGUAGCUGUCAAGAUGGGGGAACGUCCGAUGCAGAAAGAAAGCUGGGGAAGAAGCAGUGCAAGCAGGGGCGUCACGGCGGCAGGUCGUAAGCUCCUCUGGGCCUCCUUCAUGUGCUCGAUCGUCCUAGUCCUGCAAUAUCUAGCGCAGCCGGCUAGUGCGGAUCCGGUCCUGGCCUCGAGCGUGGGCUUCUGCAAGCCCGUGCGGUUGGAGGCAACAGCGGAGGAGAGAGACAGAAGCGUGCAGUGCUGUCUUCCGGCUCCACGGCGAGAUCCCAAAAGGUUCCAAUUGCCCCGCGUGCACCAUCUGCGCGUGCGCAGGCCUGCGCAUGAGCUGGCCAACGAUGUGGAGUACGUGAACAAGUAUAACCUGGCUUACGAGAGAAUGAACGCGCUGCCCGCUGACGAUCCCAGGAGCUUUCUCAGACAAUGGCACACUCACUGCUCCUUCUGCAAAGAGGCUUACCUUCAGAGAAGGCUGAAUAACUCGGCCACAGGAUAUCCCCUCCAACUGCACUACAGCUGGACCUUCCUCCCAUGGCACAGGAUGCUGAUCUACUUCCACGAGAAGAUUCUGGGCAGUCUCAUCGACGACCCCGACUUCACUCUCCCGUUCUGGAACUGGGACAACCAGCUGGACGCCACCGCGGGCCAAAUUCCUCAGAUUUUCCUGCCUUACCAGCAGUCCACUAGAUGGCCUCGACAGCACGGACGCCAUGGAAAGAUCAGGAACACGUUCCUGUACGAGGGCAAACGCCGCAACCCCAACCACAUGCCCCCGAAGGUUCUUCCGCUCACCUUCGAUGCAUCGCUCGAGAAGGAGCGGGCAAAUUGGACUCACGACCAGAUCAGGCACGCCAACCUGGGUCAGGUUUACGAGAUGGUGUACAACAAGGUGAGCGCCAGAGAGUACAUGGGAGGUCCGUACGACACCAGCUCCAACUUCACGGAGGCUGUGAACGUCACCGUCGGAGAGUCCGGCGGCUCCGAAUCGCUGCACAACACUGCUCACGAAUGGGUGGGCAUGCUCAACAACACGGCCUAUCCCGACAACGAGGACAUGGGCGUGUUCACGUACGCAGGGCGCGACCCGAUCUUCUACUCGCACCACGCCAACGUCGACCGUCUGUGGAACGUCUGGAAAGCUCUUCCGGACAAGAUCACUCCUGACGGGCACAGGGUCCGCAGGGACUACGACGAUUACGACUUCCUGGAGACGGAGUUCACAUUCUACGACGAGAACGCAGACAUGGUGAUCGUGAAGGUGAAGGAUACGCUGGACAGCCGCAAGCUGGGCUACACGUACCAGCCCAUGGUCGAAGCAGACAGCCUGUGGAUAAACCACAAGCCCAACGGGACCAAGCCCAGCUACAAACGCAGCGACGUGAGGGUCAGCACCAGCAACGCCAUCGCAAGGCAUCCCACGAGCUUCAAGCUCACACGCCGGGCUCCCACCGCGGGCGAUCUCCGAGGCACGCAGGCCCAGAACGUCAAUCAGCUCAGCGAGGGCGUGGUGCUGGAGCACGUGCGCGUGCCCGAGCUCAUGUAUGUGCGCUUCGACGUUUUCCUCGACUCCCCCACGGCCACGGCCGAGACGGACGAGGACGAGUCGGCCUACGUGGGCACCUUCACUCACCUCCCCAGCGGUGUGACGACCGUGACGGACCUGGGUCAGAAGCUGGUGCACGUCGAGGACGACGAUAUGUACCGCACUCUCAACAUUCGCUUCAGCACUUCCUUGGCCUUGAAGAGGCUGGGCGUCACCGACUGGGACACCGACAUCACCGUGACUGUCGUGCCCAGGUUCAGACCGCAUGGCUACGGCUGGAACAUCAAGGCCCUCACCUUCGCCUGCCUCAGACAAGAGUUCACCUGAUCACACAAUUCGCAGACUUCUCCUGCGCGCUCCUCCUUCCUCCUGGAGAUCGCUAGGAGUCAGUUGGUCUGGGCUCUUACCAGCCGCUUCCUAAUCAUCUGGAAUAAACAGCAUUCCGGGACCGAAGCAUGACGCUCGACUUGCAGUUUCCGCCACUUCUUAGGCCAUCUGCGGGUCCCUCGCCAUAGCUAUUAAUAAUCCAGUAUCUGGAGACAAUGCAUCAGUUGUCGUCUGAUGCUCGGCCCAUAUAUGUGUCUGUAUACCUUCUAGUUUGAUGAACAUUUCUCUAAACAACCCAGCGUCUAUCCAAACGAUGAUUUUCCCUCGCAAAACAGUCACUGAAUUCUAUUUCUCAUGCUUCACAUUCCCGUGUACACACGAAUCACACAAGAUUGUUCGAAAAAGGAUUCAGUCAGUUGCCUCAUGGAAAUGAAUAUCAGGCUUGCUUCAGUUGACAUUCUUAUAUCGUUGCCGGGGAUUGUCUACACUCUUUCGAAUUUUGGACUCAUGACCACAGUAUGUCGUUAUAUUCUUAUAGGCAGCAUUGGACGGCAGCAUAUUAAACCUCUUCAUAUCUGAAAUACCUCCAAAUUCAGUGAGCGGUACUAACUGCUUGCUUUGUUCUCAUGUGCAUUAGGCCUCUCAUCACCUUUGACUUCAGUUCUAACAUAGGAAUCUUGAUAUCCCAAUCAUUUCCAGAUGAUCCUUUGUUAGGGGGGACAUGCAUAUCAUUGUACAGCCAAUGGAGUACAUUGAAGAUAAAACUACAUGUGAAGCAUAUUUCAUGGAUCACCGGACGCGUCUUGUUUUGCGAAUCGUAUCAAAAAUCUCUUUUAUUGUCUGUUGGCGG